GCAAACAAUUAUUUACCGUAUUUUUCAUACAAAUUAAUCGAUUCUGAACUUGUGUUUAAUUUUCGUAUUUCUGUUAUAAAGAUGUCCGUUACUUUGCAUACCGACGUUGGUGAUAUAAAAAUGGAAUUGUUCUGCGAGGAAUGUCCAAAGGCGUGCGAAAACUUCCUAGCAUUAUGCGCCAGCGAUUACUACAACGGCUGCAUAUUUCACCGGAACAUCAAAGGGUUUAUUGUACAAACCGGCGACCCUACGGGAACAGGAAAAGGUGGGCAAUCGAUUUGGGGUCGCAAGUUUGAGGAUGAAUUUAAGGAUAGUUUAAAGCAUAACGAGCGAGGAAUGAUUUCAAUGGCUAACAAUGGACCGAAUACGAACGGUAGUCAGUUUUUCAUAACGUAUGCCGCUCAGCCAGCACUAGAUCUCAAGUAUACGCUUUUUGGCAAAGUGAUAGAUGGAUUCGAAGCAUUGGACGAACUAGAAAAGCUAACAGUGAAUCCGAAAACAUAUCGACCUGUAAUCGAGAAGAAAAUAAAUAGCGUAACAAUUCAUGCAAAUCCUAUAGCGGGAUAAAGCAGAGACUUCUCAAAUGUUUCGUGUUUAUAAUUUAAAAGAACAAACAGAGAAAGAGAAAUCCACUUAUUACGUCGGAUUCUAUUGAUGCUAUUUGAAAGGUACCAUAGCCUAGUUAUCUUCAACUCUAUUUUUUUCAUUGGCGGUGCCAUAAGUUAUGAACCAGGAAAUGUCUUUCAUUGCAAUAUUCUUUGCGAAUUCUGCGCCAAUCGGAACUAUCUAAAUCACUGGAUUAGUGAAAGAAAUACGAUUCAUACAUGACUCUAAUCAGAAAGGUAAAACAAACCAGAGUAUUUAAACAUUACCCAAUUUCAAAGAAAUCCGCCUGAUUUCCGUAUAUAACUUGAUUUUAAUAGGUAAGUUCAUAUCGAUCAGCUUAAAGGAUGUCAACCAAUAACGACACACCAAUAUUAACCUUAAAAAAUGAACGUAUAUUUUUUUCUCGAUUACUCUCACGAGUAGCCGUACCUGGAAAAUGUUUUUGUGUUUUCUUAUUGAAAAGGAUCACUUUUGAGAUAGUAUGUUCCAUCAGAACUUUCAUAUAUAACUUCCGCAGUUAUAUUCGUCCUAGUACUCGAUGCUUGCACGGCUGCAGCAGAAAACGAGACAUUAAAGUCAUUGUAAUGUUUCAUGUCUUAAUAGUUUUUUUGUUAAA